AAAAAAGAAUAUGAUUACAAUACGAAGGGAUUAAAAAUUAAAAUGAUGCAAGAUAAAAGCAUCUGCAUAAAAGUAGUAAAAUAUAAACUUAUAUAACAUUUAAGACAAAAAUUAUAAAAGUGGAAAAUUGAAAUUGAUUUAAAAUAAUUGAAAACAAAGAAGGAUCAACGCCAUGUUAAUGGUAUAUGGAUUAUGUGUACUGGUGUCGAUGUAUACAAGCGUUAUGUCACAUCCACAUGCUAUAAACCCAGUGCUCAUACCAAUACAAGACAAUGGAGGCGCCUAUCGAGAUCCUGCUUGCUUCAACAUGCAGAUCAUCCUAGACGUGUCCUGUUUCAUGUCAGCUGAAGAUUUGAAUCGUGCGAAAAACAUAACAAAAUACAUAGUUAAAGAAAUCAAGUCAAUCCACGACUCAGAAGCUAAUAUUGAACUGACUCUUCGUAAAUCAUUAAAAGGUUCUCAAGAAAUAAGCUCAGCUAUUUCAUUAUGGAGGUUCAAGAAGAUAAUUGACGCUUAUGAAGGCGCAAUAUGUAAACUUAGACCUGACACAUAUCUUGAAGAAACAUUGGAGGUUUUAUAUCUAGAGCAGAUUUUGAAGCAAAUUUUGUAUAAAAAAGUCAUAAGAAACGACACUGUUAUACCCGAUGUUAUACUUAUUAUUACGGAUGGCCACAAACAUGGAUAUUUACGAAAUCUCGAACACGUGGACAUUGUAGUUGAUGAACUGAAAGAAAAUGGCGUUGAAAUUAAUGUUAUAGCAGUGCCAAAUAGGUCCACAGAAGAACUCGAUUCAUUGGCAGCUGACUAUCGUUUGUAUGACUCUAAUAAUACCUUCACCGAGAGAAGAAUCGUGAAUGAUUUGACAGCCAGGUAUUCCUGCUUGCCUUCCUCAAGCCAUGGGUAUGAUGUCCCCAAUCCAUAUCUUAACAAUCCAGGAGAUUGCCGGGACAGAAUGCUAGGUGACGUCAUGCUUCGUAGUCUAAAGAUCACCGUUUUAACCGGAAGACCACCCGACUCAAACAUUUCUGUCAUGACAGAAUCUUGUCCAAAGUAAUGCGUUCUUCAUAAAGACUGAUAUAUUUACUUUAUGAGUAGUGCCUUGGACGAUUUUCCUAUUUUUGUCAAAAACUUUCCACAUAUUCAGAAGCUACAAAUUUUGAUUCUUAUUAUUGAUCUCAUUUUACAUCUUAUCUUGAAUUUUAACCGGUUUGAUCAAUCCCUAUUUUGUAUAUAUAUUGUACCAGGA